AUGACAACACCCGAAUACAGCCCCGGGCUUGAGGGCGUGAUAGCAACUGAGACAUCGGUCUCUUAUCUUGAUGUGGACAUCGAGCAGAUUCUGGUGCGCGGAUACGACCUGAUCGAGCUUGCGCAGAACCUCUGCUACACGGAUGUCGCGUACCUGGUGAUAUACGGCGAACUGCCGACGCCUUCACAGGCUAAGGCGUUCUGCGACAGGCUUGUUGCCGAGGCGGAGGUGCCGGAUGAGCUUUACCAGCUUUUCGAGAUGAUGCCGAAAUCGACGGUGGCGAUGGACGCGCUGAGGACGGGGCUUUCAUUCCUUGCGGGCUAUGAGAACCCGGAGCUGCUACACGACAAUUCGCACGAGGCAAACCUGGAGAAGGGCAUAAAGUUGCUGGCGCAGACGCCGACCUUGGUCGUAAACUCUUACCGUGCGCUGAACGACAUGCCCAUCGUGCGCCCCAACCCGGACCUACCUUACAUGGAGAACUUCCUGUACAUGGUGCGGGGCGAGCGGCCUGAUGCAGAGUCGCUGGAUGCUUUCGACCGCAUUCACAUCUGCUACAUCGAGCACGAGAUGCCGAACUCGACAUUCGCGGCGCGGGUGAUCGCAUCCACCCUUUCGGAUAUGUAUGGUGCGAUGGUCGGAGCGGUGGCAUCGCUAAAGGGUCCGCUGCACGGCGGUGCAAACGAAGCGGCGAUUGAGUUCCUAAUGGACAUCAACGGCGAGGGCGGCCCGACGCACGCUGAGGAUUACACGAUGGGCAAGCUGGAGCGGCGCGAGCGCAUCAUGGGCUUCGGCCAUCGCGUGUAUAUGCGUAAGUACGACCCGCGAGCGCGCUUCCUCAUGGACUACAUUCCUAAGUUGGCGGAGCGGAUACCGCAAGGUCAGGAUCUGUCGUCGAUAUACUCGACGGUGGAAAAUGUGAUGUACAGGGAAAAGGGAUUAUAUCCGAAUACGGACUAUCCCAUCGGGCUGCUGUACUACCUGCUGGGGAUACCGAUUCCGCUGUACACGCCAAUAUUCCUUGCUUCACGGACUGCUGGCAAUGUGGCGCAUGUGCUGGAGCAGCACGACGACAAUCGCCUGUUCAGGCCACGCGUGAUAUAUAGCGGCGGGCGUGGGUUGAAGCCACCGGCGAGUCCGAUUUCGCCGAUGUAA